GGGCAAGACAAUACACACACACACUAGCUAGUUGUUUAUAAGUUAUAAAUUAAGAUGAAAAGGAGAUCAUCAGUGAGGGAGAGGGAGGUAGCUAGGUAGAGAGUAAUUGAGUAUUAUAUUAGAAGAAGAGAUAAUAUUGGGUAGUCAGUCGAUCAUGGGACACCAUUGCUGCACAAAACAGAAAGUGAAGCGAGGUUUGUGGUCUCCCGAGGAGGACGAAAAGCUUGUCCGCCACAUCACCACUUACGGCCAUGGCUGCUGGAGUUCCGUUCCUAAACUCGCAGGGCUGGAGAGGUGCGGAAAGAGUUGCAGGCUGAGGUGGAUAAAUUAUUUAAGGCCAGACCUUAAGAGGGGUUCAUUCACGGAGGCCGAGGAGCGAACCAUAAUCGACGUGCAUAGGAUAUUGGGUAAUCGAUGGGCUCAAAUAGCUAAGCACUUACCUGGAAGGACCGAUAAUGAGGUCAAAAAUUUCUGGAAUUCUUGCAUCAAGAAAAAACUCCUUGCUCAGGGAUUGGAUCCCAACACUCACAACCUUUUAUCCACCACAAAAACUACUACUACUAAUACUAAUACUUCUUCUUCUUCUUCUUCAUGUAGAAUCAAUAUCAUGAAAAACAACAACAAUAUUAAUUAUAAUAAACACAUGACUUUCACUGUGGGUACUACUACAUCCUCAUCAUCAUCCAGCCGAUUGAUUAGCACUACUACAAAUACUACUACUACUUCAUGCCAAGAGCCCAUAUUCGACACGCCCAUUCUAAACUACAACUCGUCUGCUAACUGGCUGCCUUCGCCUAUUGAAUUGCCCGCGUUUGAUCAAAAGUCGCAGAAUAAUAAUAAUAAUAAUACACAGCAGAUUUGUGAUGAUGAUGAUGAUCAACUGCUAAUUAAUACCUACACAUUAUUCGAUGGGAGUGGUGUAGUAGAUUUCGAUCUCGAUCAGCUUGUGGAUUCUGGGUUAAUGCCUCAACCGGUCAUAUACAACGAUUAUAAUUGCAGCAUUAAGUAUUCUUCUGUGGAUGAUCAACUGGCAGCUAGCUUCGGAUUCUUAAACUAGCCCCAUUUCGGUUUUUAUUAUUACCUUCUCUCAUUGUGUGAUUUCUCUGUGUAAUGUAACUAAUACGGACUGCACAGUGGGCAUGUUAGAGUUGCAACAAGAUUGUGUUAUCCUUUGUCUAGUGUUUAAAGCAAAGCCAUUGUGUAAUGUGAUGAUUUAUUUACUUUCUUAAUAUUGAUUUCUUGGUGUGGAGCAAAAUAUAUAUUCUUGCAAAGCCAAA